AGCCACAAAAAACAACUACAUGUCAGUGCAUACUUCACAGUCCAGUCACUAAACCAGGAAGACGUCCCAUUGUAAAAGCGAUAAUUUGAUUGUUGUGUUACAACAGAAAAAUGAUUUCCAUCUACAUGAUCAUCACAGCCCUGGUGUCAGCAGCUCUGGUAAAAGGGUCCAUGGAAUGCAAUUUAUCUGGACCUACUGGAACUCAGCAGUGUGUUGGAGCACCCGGGGAGCCAUUGCUUUUUCACCUGCCUACAAAUACAAAUAUAUCAAAGAUAAGGUUAAAAAAGAAUGAGAAAUUUACCAUUUUAAACAUUGCCAACAAUUCAGUAAUUCAACAAUACAUGAAUAACUCAGUAUUCUUCACCAAUGGAACAUUCAAGCUGAACAGUGCACGGAGGACGGACUCUGGAGAUUACCAGCUGCAAACAUAUGGAUCUGAUGGUAAAUUGUUGGAUACAAUCAAAAUGCAUCUAGAAAUAAAAGCUCCAGUGUCAAAGCCUGAUGUGUCUCAGAUGUGUCUGUCACCAGAACAAAUGAACAUCAGCUGCUCCUCUGAGGGAGAGGAAAUAGAGUUCAUUUUGACCUUGGACGGUCAUUUACUGAUACAGACCAGAGACCACAGUCACUCCCAAAGCAGCUCAAAACUGGACACACUGCCACUGGCUGGGAGUACUGAUAACCAACAUAAACCCAGUGUUUCAAUUGUUACCAUCAGCUUACAUGGUCAAUUGACAGGAAACUUGAUGUGUAAUGUCCGAAACAAUAUCAGCAAAGAACAAACAGUCAUCCACCUUACAAGCUGUAAAGGUUCCAUUUCUCACUUCUCUCUUGGGACUGUGGCUGUGAUAGCAAGUUUUGCCACUCUACUUGUCCAUUUGGCUCUGUUUCUUGGUAUCAAACAUUUUAACAAGACAAGACCCAUGACUGUUAAUGAAGAUAACGCUGCAGAUGAAAUAAUCUACUCAGAUGUAAGAGUGAUGAACCACGCAAGGAAAACUGGACCCAACUCACAUCAAAAUGCAACUUAAUUUGUUAUUAAAGCAUUAUUCAUGACUAAGUCUAAGCCCAACCCUUACCUUAUCUAAAAUUAUAAAGUUAUUUUUGAUUGCCACAAUCUGGCCCUGUGGGUUUUGCAGCACCUUAGUUGCACUCACUGCUGCAGCUGCUGCUACAACUGCUGACCGUGUGCUCAAAUCAGCAAGCCAAACUACUAUAACUUACUUUCAUCUCAUGCAGUAUCUCACAUCUAUGCCCUUCACACCUCCCCUAUUGUCCUCACACCAAAACCCACAUACUGGUAAACUCUAACCCAGUUUCACUGAGCUGCUACAGCAGUUUGGGACACCAAAAUAGUGAUACACAGAACAAUGAUGAGUACAAAAUGUGUAAUUUGUAAAUUAGAAUUAAAGCAUAAUGUACUGUGAUUCACAGGAUUUAACUGUUAGUAACUAAGUGUUGAUGGAGCAGUAUUACAAAACAGAAUUCUCCAUAGUCAAGGAGAGACAUGAAGGUUGACUGCACAUUAGUUUUAUAGUUGGAAGAAGACAGACAUCCUUUAAUUCUGUAAAAAAAAAAGUCUAGUUUGAUAUUUUAAUUUUUGAGUCAAAUGUUGAAGAGGAUUCUUGAAUGAUAAUCUCCUCAAGCCAAAUUCUUAAGUAUUUGUAGGACUCAGCAAGAGUCAUGUGGGUGCCAUUUAAAGGAAAGUUAUAGUCAGUGGUGGAGGUGGAGAAUACCACGUACUUGGUCUUCUCUGCAUUUAGUCGAGGGCCGACUUAACAAGACGAGUCAGGCUGACAAACGGCAUGAAUGGGGUAGAACCAGCGCUCUUUAAUGUUUUAGUAUGUAGAAUAAAUUUUACAUUUUUUAGUGUUGAUUUGAAUUAUGUAUUACAGCAGUACAAACAUGACUUACAUACACAAAACAACACAGCGCUGGCAACAACAGCUCUGUCCAAGUACACUUCAGUGAAGAAAAUAUUGUG